AAAUUUCUGAACACUUGCAAGAGAGAAGUUAUACCUGAAAGAUGUUUUUUGUAAAAAGUGUAUUCUAUGUUUCCUUAAUAAUUUUUUUUGUUCAGUCUGAAAAGAAAACGUCGCGACUUCUUAUUCAAAGUAAAAAUGGUCUGGUUCGAGGACUUGAACAGAGUACCGUUGGGCUAAAUUUAACUUAUUAUGUUUAUCGAGGAAUUCCUUACGCCGAACCACCGAUAGGUAAACUUAGAUUUGAACCCCCCGUUCCAAAAAAGAAUUGGAAAAACAUUUUAGAUGCUACUAAAGAUGGUAGCAAAUGUAUCCAAGGCAAUCCUCCCGUGGGCUCUGAAGACUGCCUAUUUGUGAAUAUCUAUGUUCCAAAAGUCUCUAAAUAUAACAAAAAAUUGUUACCAACAAUGGUCUUCAUCUACGGCGGUGGGUUUGAAGGUGGCGAUUCUACGUACGAUUUGUACGGACCAGAUUAUCUUUUGGAAAAAGAUGUUGUUGUAGUUACCUUAAAUUACCGUUUAGGUAUUUUAGGCUUUCUAAGUACCGGAGAUAUGAUAGUUCCUGGUAAUAAUGGAUUAAAGGAUCAAGUAUUAGCUCUAAAAUGGGUCAGAGACAAUAUUGAGAAUUUUGGUGGCGAUCCAAAUAAAGUUACCUUAUUUGGUCAAAGCGCUGGAUCGGCAUCUGUCUCUUACCACAUGCAGUCUCCGCUUUCUCGGGGAUUAUUCCAUAGAGCUAUAAUGGAAUCAGGAGUAUCGCUAAGUUCUUGGGCUUUUAGCAGACGUGUACCUGUAGUGGUAAAAAAAAUUGCUGAAGAUUUGUCACUCGAUACGUCUAAUUAUCAAAAAAUUGUCGACGGGUUAAGGCUAAUUAAUUCCUCUGAACUACAAGCAAAAGCUGCAGGGGCUGUGGCAUGGCAAUACUUGAGUAAUGAUCCCAGAAACGGAUUUAUGCUAGGUCCUGUUAUAGAACCUGAACAUAGUAAUGCCUUUUUUUCCAAAAAGAGUCACCAAUUAUUAUUAGAUGGAAACUUCAAUAAAGUGCCUUGUAUUGUUGGCUUUAACUCAUUAGAGGGUACUUUUAACUUUGGAACUUUGUUUAAAAUAUAUCUCUUACAGUAUGAUUUUAACCACGCUAGAUUAUUACCAUUUGAUCUGAAUAUAGAUGAAAACAAGAAAAGUGCAGCAGCAUCAUAUGUGAAAGAUUUUUAUUUCGGUAAUAAUUUGAUUGCGUUUUCAGACCGUAAACUAAUGAAGUACCUUAGCGAUGACCUAUUUGCAAGGCCAGUUCGAGAGUAUGUUCGACAAGUCUCGAAACAUGUACCGGUAUAUUUUUACAAAUUUUCAUACGAGGGAGGAUUAUGGGGUUUUACUAAUAGAACACAACCUGGUGUGGGUCACAGUGAAGAAUUAGGAUACUUAUGGAAAUCGAAGUUUACUCCUUCUGAUCUGGAUGUUCUUACAAGAAGAAGAAUGACGACUAUGUGGACAGAUUUUGCAAAGACUGGAAAUCCUACACCUGACAAAUACUUUACUACUUUAGAAGUGAUCUGGGAAAAAACUGAUACUAAUUUUACUUAUUUGGACAUAGGAAGUGAACUGACUCUCAAACAGUUUCCAGAAAAGUCAAGUAUGGAAUUGUGGGAUCAAAUGUACGAAGCUUACGGCCAUCCACCAUUUGAUACAUAUUAGCUCUCGCUAGUUAUAAGAGAAAACAUGUAUUUUAAAGGAUUUUUUUUAGAAUUUCAAUAAAAAAUAUAUAGUAACGAGA